CUCAUUUCUGUCAGCUGUGAAAACGGGUACUUGACCUUGGAUGCCCCAGACAUGGAGAAGUUGUGCUUGCCCAUAAAGCUCCCCAGGAAAAAUCCUGUGCAGAACUGCAGGGUGUUUGGGCUGGAUAUCCAAGGCAGGGACUGUGGAGAUGAAGUGGCUCAGUGGAUCACCGCUUUCCUGAAUUCAGAGCCAUAUCGACUGGUGCACUUUGAGCCUUCCAUGGUGCCAAGAAAGUCAAAGGACAUCAUAAACCUUUUCCGAACCACGGAUGAGGUUGCCUAUCCUGACUGUAGCCCAGUCCUGAUCAUCUCAGAAGCUUCAUUGGAAGAUCUAAAUAGCAGGCUGGAGAAGAAGGUUAAGAUACAGAACUUCAGACCAAAUAUUCUUGUGGCCGAUUGCAGUGCUUUUGAGGAGGACACGUGGGAGGAGAUUCUUAUUGGUGAUGUGGAGAUGAAGGGGACAGUGUGUUGUGCCAGAUGUAUUUUGACGACUGUUAACCCAGACACUGGGGUCAUGGACAGGAAGGAACCUCUGGAAACAUUGAAAAGUUACCGCUUGUGUGAUCCAUCCGAGCGACACAUACACAAAUCUAGCCCUCUCUUUGGAAGAUACUUUGCUGUUGACAAAACUGGAACGAUUCAAGUUGGAGACCCUGUGUACAAGAUGGUCGAGUAA